CCGCGUUAAAUUGAUUGUUGAGGAGUCUAGGGUUUAUCCCUUUUGGCAGUUUCGCUAUUUGCCCUCCUCGGAUCGUUUGGAGCAUAAGGAUUAGGGUUUUUCAAGGUGGUUAGACAUUUUCCAGUGUCCUUCGUUUUUGUUAGAUUCUUGACAAAAUGCAGAACGAAGAAGGACAAAACAUGGAUCUUUACAUCCCAAGGAAAUGCUCUGCAACCAAUCGGCUCAUUACUUCGAAGGACCAUGCAUCUGUUCAGAUAAAUAUUGGGCACCUGGAUGAGAAUGGGCUGUAUCAUGGACAGUUCACCACCUUCGCCCUUUGUGGUUUUGUUCGUGCCCAGGGUGAUGCGGACGGAGCACUGGAUAGAUUGUGGAGCAAGAAGAAAGUGGAACUUAGGCAGUAGACUUUUUCAUACCAACGUCUUGGUAACCAUAGACUUUUUCAUACCAAUGUCUUGGUAACCAUUUUUAACAGAUGAGAUCAAUUUACUUUUGCAUGCGAAUUUAGUUUUUUUCUUUUUGGUAUUCUGUUCUUUGUUGGGCAUGCUUGGCAAGAUAUGAUAUUUACCUGAGUGAAGACCUCACCCUUAGUUGAGUUUACAUUUGAUAUUGUUCUCUCUUAAUGUGACUUGAGCUAAUGAGCCAGUAA